GUUGGUGGUGAUUGAGCUCUUUUGCCCCAGUAGCCUACAGGUUAUGAGACCGUUGAGUGUGAGCCCCGCUGUGGUCAACAUGCAUGGGUUUGAUCCCAGAAUGGACUUAAAAAUUCCAAACAAAUACCCUGGACAUUUAACAGUGCCAAGAGACAUCCCAGGAGUGUGCCCUAGAAGUCCAUUGAGCCCUAGGACUGAGUCCACUGAAAGGAGCCACUAUGGGGAGCCACUGAAGGGAGCCACUGAGAGGAGUACAGUACUGUACUCUGUGGUAGCUGGUCCGAGGGGGGGUGUUGGGGGUCCCGCGGUUGAUCGGCCCUUCUACCAGCAGGCGCUGGUGGUGAUUGAGCUCUUUUGCCCCAGUAGCCUACACAAAGUGAUUGGACUGAGUUAUCAACUGAAUAGCCAAGUAAGUGGGCAAGCUCCCGGUGUUGGGCGAAUCAUACCGUUUGCGGAGGGCUUCUUGAAGAACUGGGCGAUUGGUAUUUAGAGAGAGGUACUCCGUACGGAGUACGGAGUAAAGAGAGAGGGUUAACAAAAGAAACGCAUCAGAGAUAUUUUAAAACACGCAGAUACAUAAAUUCAUGUUGGUCAGUAUGCCAAUUUUGUU